CUACCACUUCCUUUGCUAAUCGGUGUCGACAGCAGGUUCCCAGUUCCUCCUAAACGACCACCUGGCUCCCUUAACGAAGCAGCUUAUGGCGGCAUGACGCAUCAGACCCAUCUUCUCUCAUCAACAGGUCGAGGUUUUAAAAAGUCUGCAGUGACUUUCUGAAUGAUGAAAACUUGAGCCAUCAACCUUCAGUCUGUUAGGAAACAGCCGCUUCCUGUUUGCCGCUGAGCUGAAGGUAUAAAUGAGCCCAGGGCCCUCAGCGCUCCUCAUUCUCCUCCUUCACACUUUGGCAUCAGCGUUCGCUCAUCAUGGGGAACUUCGUCGCCAAUGAGGGACUCUCCAUCUUUGUCAUCCUUGUAUGGCUGGGAAUAAACGCCUUCCUGUUCGUCCAUUUCUACAUGGCCUUCCUGGUGGAUCGCUGGUUCUACACCAGGGUGCUGCUCGGGCAAGCGUUGUCAUGGGCGAGAGCUCCUGCUGCCUGCCUCAACUUUAACUGCAUGCUGAUCCUGCUGCCCGUCUGCAGGAACCUGCUGUCCUUGCUCCGAGGCUCCAUCCAGUGCUGCAGCCGGACUGCAGCUCGGCAGCUCGACCGAAACCUGACUUUUCACAAACUAGUGGCCUACAUGAUCGCCUUUCAUACAGCUGUUCACAUUGUUGCACAUUUGUUCAACUUUGAGUUUUUCAUGGACGCCCAGCUGAAUCGCAACGACAGCCACCUUCCCUUCAUCCUGUCUGAAAUCGGCACCAGAGACAACGCCUCCUUCCUGAACCCCAUAAGGAGCAAUGAGACGAACCCCACCAUCGUCAUGUUCACCACCAUCGCCGGGCUGACGGGCGUGGCCAUCACCUUGGCUCUCAUCCUCAUCAUCACCUCGUCCAUGGAGGUCAUUCGCAGGUCCUACUUUGAGGUGUUCUGGUACACGCAUCAUCUUUUCAUCAUCUUCUUUAUCGGCCUGGUGUUCCAUGGCUACGGACGAAUUGUCCGGGGACAGACUGCGAACAGCCUCCAGACGAACGAUCCUAUCGUCUGCGCCAAAAGAUUCGAGGACUGGGGUAAAAACGAGUCCGGCUGCGCCGUCCCCGUAUUUGCAGGAAACCCACCUGGGACGUGGAAGUGGGUGGUGGGACCGAUGAUCCUGUAUGUCUGCGAGAGGAUCGUCCGCAUCUAUCGUUCCCAUCAGAAAGUGGUCAUCACCAAGGUGGUGAUGCACCCCUCCAAGACCCUGGAGCUGCAGAUGAAGAAGAAGGGCUUUAAAAUGGAGGUGGGACAGUACGUCUUCAUCCAGUGCCCCUCCGUGUCCAGGCUGGAGUGGCACCCCUUCACCCUGACCUCCGCCCCGGAGGAGGACUACUUCAGCGCCCACAUCCGCAUCGUCGGGGACUGGACUCAGGCGCUGUACGAGGCCUGCGGAGGAGAUAAACCAGAGCAGCAGGAGGCCUGGAAAUUGCCCAAGGUUGCCAUAGACGGGCCUUUUGGUACGGCCAGCGAGGACGUGUUCCGCUACGAGGUGGUGAUGCUGGUGGGAGCAGGAAUCGGAGUGACUCCCUUCGCCUCCAUCCUCAAGUCUGUGUGGUACAAACACAUCCAGAACAACCAGGACGUCUUCACCAAGAAGAUCUACUUCUACUGGCUCUGCCCUGAGACUCAGGCCUUCGAAUGGUUCGCCGACCUGCUGCAGUCGCUGGAGCGUCAGAUGGCGGACAAAGACAUGGCCGACUUCCUCAGCUACAACAUCUACCUGACCCGCUGGAAGGACACGGAGGCGGCUCAUUUCCGCGUCCACCACGAGGCGGAGAACGACCCAAUCACCGGGCUCAAACAGAAGACUCUGUACGGAAAGCCAAACUGGGACAACGAGUUCACCAACAUCGCAUCGAAGCACCCGAGGUCCAAAGUGGGAGUGUUCCUCUGUGGUCCUCUUCAGCUCGGGAAGUCUCUGGAGAAACAGUGCCUCUCUCACUCCGAGGCCGACGUCAAGUUCAUCUUCAACAAGGAGAACUUCUGAAAACCACUGCCACACCACAGUGUCGCAAACAUGUUGCCUAAACUCAAAAAGCGAAGAAAACCAUCCAGACUGCUUCUCCUUCUCCUUAGAGCUUAUUUCUAAACUUCCCUUUUCGCCUCUUUUGCUUAAGUUUUCUCAGUUUGAAGCAGAAGUGACCCUCAGGUGGUGUAACUAACGCUUCAGGAGGGCACAGAUGCUCCUGCUGCAGCUGCAAACGCAGCAGACGUCAUGGAACAGACAAAAGAGAGGCUUUUAUUCUGAAAAGCUUCUUUGAAACCAACUGAUCUCUAUUUAUUCAGUAGAUUGCUGAUCGCCCGUUGGUAGUACGGGGUUGAAGUGAAGCCACCGGCCACCAUAUUGGUACUCCCGGUCUCAAUGUAAACAAUCUGUGCGCUACAGCAUCAAACAACCAUGAUGUUCUCAUUUUCAGGGCGACUUAAGACUUUCAAAAUAAAGAUAAAUUCAUCACUUUGACACAGACUGGCUGUUUAACUUAGAAUAAAUAAAUAGGCCCAUCACAUUGCAUCAUUAUGAAGUCUAUAAAGUCUAUAAAUCAUGUAAUAUAACAUAUUAUACAAAUCAAUCGUAAUAAAAUUAAUGUGUUAAUAGAACAUAAUAAUAUAGAUGUGCUAAAAGUGCUAAAUUGAUGAUGUACAUGUAUUUAUGACAUUGUUACAAUUCAAUAUAACCUGCAUUAUAUUUCAGCAAAUAACUUUUUCAAAUGAGAAAAACAACAAACUCUACAAAAACGACAGCAUCAUCUGCAUAAUAAAGAAUUAGUACGAUGAGAUUUCACAGAGAAUUACUUUCUAUUUCCUCUUUUUAUUUUCUAACAUUAGACCCAAUGUCAAUGUCUUCCAGUCAGUCUGAGAUAGCCAGACUAAUGUUAGUCUACAGACUAAACUAUAGGAUCCAUCGGCUAUAGAUGGACUUAUUCUGACUGGGAAAUUACCAGUGGAACGUUUUCCUGCAGACAGAAAACUGCUGGUUUUUGUAGCCAAAUGUUACACAUGUAGGCAUUUUUACUGCACAUCUCCAUGGGAGAGGGGAGUACCAAGAUGGCGGACAGUGGCUUCACUUUUUUCCAGGCAAUCAGCAUCCAGUGAAUAACUAGAGAUGAGUGGUGAAACCUUCCAGCUCACAGCUGACGACAAACAUGUAAAUAAUGUGAAUAUUUUCAGAAAACAACCUGAAAAGUAAAAAGUUGAUGCAUGCUGAUUAUCUUCCUGGUUAAACUUGAUGUUUCUAUUUUUACAGAUUUUUUUAAAAAUCAUCUAAAUAUUCUGAGAUGUUUGAAGAUAUUUAGAAGAAUCGUUUUGCAUUAAGUUAAUUACUUGAUUUCUUGUAAAUA